AUGCCCGAGACCACGAAGGUCGUACCCCUCACGUGCCAUGGGCACUCGCGACCGGUGCCCCAUAUCCAUUUCUCUGCUCUUCAGGAUGAAGAGCAGUACUAUAUCAUUUCUGCCUGCAAGGACGGAAACCCUAUGCUGCGCGAUGGCUUGACCGGCGACUGGAUUGGCACCUUCUUGGGCCACAAGGGCGCUGUCUGGCAGGCGCGGCUGUCCUCCGAUGCCACUCUAGCUGCAACUGCUUCGGCGGAUUUCUCUGCCAAAGUGUGGGACACUCACACCGGCGAAGCCCUCCACACCCUCACGCACGAGCAUAUCGUCCGAGCUGUCGCUUUCCCGAACCAGCCCCAACCGCAGAUUCUGGCCACCGGCGGCAAGGAGAACAAGUUGCGCAUUUUCGACCUCAACAACCCGUCGCAGCCCUAUGAGAUCGGCGCGGGCGUGCAUGGCGACACCAUCAAGUCUAUUGUGUGGACAUCAGAUCCCAGUAUUCUGGUCACUGCGUCGGAGGACAAGAAGAUCCGGUGGUGGGACCUGCGAACGCAGUCGACUAUCGGCGAGUAUGCUGUCGAAGGCGCUGUAGGCACGUGCGAGCUGGAUAACACCUCCUCAGACGGUGUGCUGAGCGUGGCCGCUGGAAACAGCGUCUACUUUUUCAACGGCAAUUCUCCGGCAUCGCUCAUCAAGAGCAUCAAAACGCCGUACGAGUUGGCCAGCGUUGCGUUACAUAGCGGGCAGCGCAGGUUUGUCACUGGUGGUAGCAACCAAAAUGACACUUGGGUCAGAAUGUGGGACUUUGACGCGGAGACGGAGCUGGAGACGAAUAAGGGUCAUCACGGUCCUAUCUGGUCUGCGAGCUUCUCGCCCGAUGGCAAGCUGUACGCUACGGGCAGCGAGGACGGCACGGUCAAGCUUUGGAAAUUUACCCAAGGUGCUUAUGGCCUCUGGAGGUAG